ACAACAAGCACAAAGACUUAAUAAUCUUAUCUUGACGUUUUAAUAAACGAUGUCAAGAUAUUUCACCUGAAUUUUUUUUCGUCUUUAUUGUUCGUCAAAGAGUGAAAGUAUAGAAACACACACACGCACAUGUACGCACGUGCGCGCGCGCACACACACUCACAUGCACAUGCACAUGCGCGCGCGCGCACACACACACACACACACAUACACACACACACACACACACAGAAGUGGAAAAAGUAGGAAGUUCGAUCGCGAUAAGUCUGCCGAUUUACAAACGUCAGUAGGUCUAUUUUUAGCUGCAAUGAAAUAGAAGCGUCGCGUGCCGACUAUAUUGACUUUCGAUCUGAAGCGCGCAUAAAUUCGGUGAGCUCUCUUGGUGAAUUUCUAUAAUUUUUCUUUCCAAUUUCGUUUGCGUGAUGUCGAAUUAUUGCGUUGAACGGUAUAGUAGCAGCUUAAGCGGCUGCGUACAGUCGUUAAAAAAUACGAAGAAUAAAAUUACAGGACUACUACUUUUUUUAUUAUCCUCUCACGCUUUAUGGACGGUUAAUUAUAUGUAAUAUAAUAAUCCAUAUUCAACUACUGAUCCCACAUAAACUAUUUUUGAAUGUAUUUUUAAAACUAAUUUUUUUUUUAAAUAUCUAACUUUCAAUUCCGCGACACGUGUAUAGGGAUAUAGUAAAAUUCGCCAUCUGCUAUAAAAGACGAUGAUUAAAUUGUUGAUUAUCGUAUUACACUGCAAUUGCAGCAAAGUUUUUCCACGUGAUUAAGCAAAAACGCGUCGAUGCAUAAACGCAUAAAACUUACUUUGCAUAAACUGCAGAUUCCAGGCGGAAAAAUCCUCGGUUGCGCGCGCUAUUUAAAAAACAAUCUUUGCUGACAUAGUCGUCGGGUACGGAUGUGCAUUAGCAAUAAAAUCCAGACGCUACAUUUAUUUCGAUGCAUUGUUUGACAAUUUAUACGUUCGGUAAAGUGCAAUUGUUUUUGUAGAACUUUUGUCUGGUCACACAAUAAAUCCUAUCGAAAACAGUCGCUACAGAUUAUGUUAUUGCUUAAUUUUAUUAAUAAUUAAAAUGCGAUCCAUUCGAUUUGCACGAUUCAUUUUUAAAUUGUUUAUAAGUUUCGUAAUGACAAUUCAAUUGUUAUAAAUUUCUUUGAAAGGAAAAGCCUAGGCAAUAAACAGCGAAGACAACUGUAUGUGUCGUGACAAAUACUGAAAACAACCAACAAUUGUUUUCGUCAGCAUGAGUCAUAAUAGUAAUCGUAUUUGUAGUCACGCCAAGGUAUUAACAUUAAAAAUUCCCCAACUAAAACAUCAGCAUAAACGAUCAUAUGCUAAUAUGACUCAAUAUAGAAUAUAUUUUACAAAAAAAAACGAGUAAAAUCACGAGCAAACACUAUCGACACACCUUUAUAUAUAAAUGUGAGGGGAAAGGGGCGAAUCUGAAGCGCCGAUAAAAAGCCAGAGUAGCAGGCAGAAAAAUAGCCACGAAAUUUACGGCUUAGCCGCACGCACCUACUAUAAUACUACGUGGCAAGCAACGACUUGCCGAUAGCGCAUGAGAGCUCCUAUGAGUUAAUGCUUUUAUGGCGCGAAUUUUUUUUUACUUUUUAUUUUUUCUGCUCUUUACAGGAGUCAUAUAGACGCGCGGGUGAAAAGAGGAAUGAUGAAGCGUGCAGUGGCUAUUUUAUUUUAUCUUGUUUGCUUCUUUUUCAAAUAGUGUCCUGCCAAGAGAUGAGUUUUUUUAUCAUUUAUUUGAAUUACGAUUUCAAUAAUUUUCGUUUACUCAAUUUUACUAUGGUUCCUUUUACGGUCUAUAUUUUUUUUGGUAGAAUGAAUUAUUUCUACAUCUUGUUAAAAACGUAAACUGUCGAGGGUCAAAUUUGUAAUUUAGAUCUAAAUUCACUUGAAAAAAAACAAUGAAUAUGAAAUUAGUUCCAAUCUCAUAAUUAAUUCUGACUCCGUUCCAGAAAUUCCAUUAUCCUCAACAGCGCAAAUAUUUUACUUGGCAAAUGUUUUUUGAAUUCCAUCGCAAAAAUGAAAACAAUGUCAUCCUUCAGGAAUGAUGUUAGCUUGGAUGACGUAGUGUCAUUACUCUCGUCAAGAAGCCGUCUAUGAAGAAUAUGCUUACAAAAGUCUGUUCUUUUUACAUCGUUCCAUCAACGACGGUAUCACACCAAAAAAAAGUUAGGUCAAACAGUGCCGUGCGAGCGAGAGCGUAUGUCGGUGAACAAAAGUGCUAACUUACAAUUUGAAUGCAGUUCAGUGAAUCCUCAUUAAAACUUCGAGAUCGGCGAAGCUAUGAAGACGAAUAAGUCGAAAUUGAUUUGGUUCGUUCGAUAAAGGACAAAAAUUUUUUUAAUGAAAAAUAUAUAAGGCGUUGAGCUAUGACACUCACGAAGCAAUUGAAAAAAAGUAUGAAGAAGAAGCAAAAUAACCAGCAAGUAAACGGUGAUGCGAUGCCGGUGAAAAAUAGAGCGUCGAUCACCGAAGCCACAAUAGUGCCGGGGAUUGUACCUGUCAAGAUGUCAAAGGAUCCACCGCCACCGGUAGUAGCGCCGUUGAUACGAGAUUCAGGAAGGAAACAGGAGACGGCAGAGCCGACUAUAGGGCCAAAGCUUGAGCGCAAGCCCUCACUACGCCGUAAGCUUGGCUCAUUGUUAAAGGGGAGCGCAGAUUUACCGACAGCCAUUAACCACGGCCUCCAACCGAUCCGGCGGAGCAUGAGUUUCAGCAAGGGCAUCGAACAGAAACCACCAACCCAACCAAAUGCCACUCCUGCGCAGCCAAAAAAUGGCUCACUGAAAGCUUUUAGAACCAGAUCAGUGCAAUGGUAUAAUAGUCUCAGUUCAUUGGCGGAAAAUGAUGAGACUAAAGGACAUUUGGCUGAUAGCAAGGAAAGAAUAUUUCACGAGGAUGAUGCAGAGGAAAAUAGUCCUGAAGUGGUAUACAGACGGAAAACAAACAACAGCAAUUCGGCUCUUUAUGGACGACACAGUGAUUGCUAUGAUUUCUCUAUAGACUUUAGUAAACCUCCGUGUGAGGCUAGUAGCCUUCCAUCUCUUACACGUGACAUCAUUGAUAAAGAGGAUGCCGAACCGAAAAAGAGGUGGGUGGAGCAACAGGUCAAGAACGGAUGGGGCAACUUGAGGGCGAAUGCCCGGAGCCUCUCGGUGCUACGUGGCCUGAGCUUCUCAAGUAUCAAACGGAGCACAGCAGUCAGUCAAUCGGUACGUUCGAGGUCGUUAACGCAACUUGAUGCGCUCGGCACAAGUAUGCUUGACGCGGGUGAGCAUAUGGAUACCCCAUCCCAUCAGCAUCACCGAGAUAGUCCUCAUCACCAUCAUUCCCUUCAUCAUGAUCAUUCACAUAAUUUUGGCGAGCCAAGUCCGCGACUCCUCGUGCCCAAUGCCGCGAGUAUAUCCACUACCGAUGGUACCAAGUCUAAUCGAACCAGGCAUAAGCUAUCAAGGUCACAGGUAUCGAGCAGUGAGUAUUUCAGUGUGAGCUUCGAGGUGGGCGACGAUGCGGGUACGAUAGACCGGGAGGAAUUUCUGCCAGUCACUAAGGGAACGUAUCUAGUGGAGGUUUUAAGCACAGCUUGCGAGCGGCGGGGUAUAGACUUGUCGCGCGUUGACGUGCUACUCGACAGCUUUGCGGCACCCUUAUCCGUACACACGACCGAAACUUCCUGUCUAGGUGGAAAACAUCUACGAAUAACUGCCAAAGACGAGAAAUCGAGUUCAAGAUCAGCCAGUCAGAAAAGCAGUCAUAAUGUAUCCUUUCGCAAAACCGGCGGAAGUUACAGAAGCCGAAGUGGUCGAUUCUUCAGCGUCUCGACGGAGGACUCGAGCGUGGAUUCGGAAGCCAGUUCCAUCGUUGCUGCGAACACGGCAAAGAGUGUCGCUGGAGCUGCGUCUCUUAAAGCCAGCAAGCAACGUUGGAGCGGUUUCUUUACUAAUACCAAGGGUACAAAAAUGGAGUUACUCGUCGAGCAGCUGAAUGGCUAUACGAAACAUGGUGUGCCCAGGUUACCCGAAACUCAACUGCCUUAUGGACUUUCUGCUAGCGAAGAAGCUUUGUUGAGUUUGGAGAACGAUUGGCGCGACAUUGUCGAGAGCUCAGAGCUGCUGAGCGAAAAGCAGCAACAGCAGCAAACGGCCCUCUGGGAGUUGGCACAGACGGAAGCGGCUUACAUUAAAACGCUCAAAGUCGUGACCGAUCUCUUCAUGGCCUGCCUAUGUGGCCUACAGGCCUCGAAUAUCCUGAGCGAGGUCGACAAGACACGGCUGUUCAGUAACAUUCCUGACAUUUACGCGGCCAAUCGCUAUUUCUGGAGCGAGCACAUCGCCGCAAUGCUGCAAGCGUCCCGUGCGACCAGGCAACCGCUCGAUCCGGGCCAUCUGCUUCAAGGCUUCGAAAACUUUGAGAAAAUAUUCGCACCGUACACGAGGUACUGCUCCGAGCAGAGCAAGUGCCAGCAAUACUGCCGUGAUCGAUUGAAUGACAACAACCUUUUCACGGCCUAUCUCGUGUGGUGUGAAACGCAAAAAGACUGCAAUCGUUUGAGGUUACUCGAUAUUCUUGUCAAACCGAUGCAGAGAAUAACCAAGUACUCGUUACUUUUGAAAGCUGUUCACAAGAACACCGAGCACGAGGACCAGCGCUCAGAAUUGACCGUCAUGAUCAAAUCAGUAGACACAUUCGUGGCGUCCGUGAACGCGGCGAUGCGUCGCAGCGAGGAAACAGCUCGACUGGCAAGCGCGGCGGCGCGAUUAGAGAGUUACGACGUAGUGGAAUCACGCGACGAGGAGCUCGACAAGCUCAUCAAGUUUCACAGCAGCCUGGAUAUCAUGAGCGCACCGAUGCCCGGCUGCCCGAGGGACGCUCUGAGGACUCUAUUGCGUGAAGGUGAUCUCAAGCUGCGCGACUCUGCUUCCUCUAGCAAGAUGGAGGUGCAUCUGCUUUUAAUGACGGAUAUGCUACUAAUCUGCAAGCAGUCAACGAAGAAGACGUCAUCCAGCAGCGGAGCAUCCGGUAGUGCAUCGAUGUUGAAAGUGGUACGUCAACCAUUGGUAGUCGAUCGAAUUAGGCUACACGAGCUCAAAGAGCCAUCAUGCCUCGGACUCGUCUAUCUCAACGAGUACGGUACUGCUUCGGCGGCUCUCGUAUUGCAUGCCGGUGAACCCAAACUCUCUAAGUCGUGGAUGGAAUCGAUAAGGAAAGCGCAGCAGCAAUUCUCAAUGCUGAAAGUGCCACCACUAGGAAGUUCGCUUACACUGGCAACGGUGAGCCGACAAGCGAGCACGUACCUCGGUGACGCUGACUUCGAGGUUGACGAGCUUUGCGAAGGUAUACCAAGGACGCCGCGUGGAAGUAGUCGAGCUUCCCGCGUUAGCAGUCUCGCACAUAGUCACAGCGGUAGUAUGGAAAUGGAAGGGGCUUCCCCGGGUAGCAGCAACUUUUUGCCGAGUUACAAUGCCAGCCGCAAUGUGAGCGUAGAGACAACGGAGCCACCACGCGCGUCAAGUGUCUCGAGUGAGGAAGGUGGCGCUGAGUCGGCGGCCGCCGCCGCUGCUGCGCAUAAUCAUCGACAGCUGCAGAUCAGCAGAAGAUCGCUGCUGAGUAAAUCGCCAACGCCGAACACGCUCAGCGUCCAAGUACCUGCGUAUUCAAGUCUGGGCCAAUCGUUGCCCAACUUAACGUUGGCAACGUCACCGCAAACGUCGACGGUGUCACCGACGCCACCCAGUUCACUUCUCAUUGUGCCGCAGAUCACGAAGAGCAAAGAGACACUUCUAUCGCCCGGUCAUCGAGGUGAAUUUACAUUUAAGAAAAAAGGAAUCUCGUACCCACCGCCGUCACCGCCUCGAGGGGCUCUGAGACGGGCAUUCGCGGUACCACAAUCGCGAAACCCACCCCUGAUAAAGACACGACACGUAAACACCUCGGUCGUACAAACACUACAGACGACCAUCAGCCUUGAUGCUGAGACAAUAGAGGAGCGGCGUAGACGACUCGAACCAUCGCAUAGGAUGGCUUCUACCAGUAGUAUCGCCGAGGAAAAGAAGUGAAGAGAAAUCAAGGAAUGUCCAGUGGGAGCUUGUUUUCGCCCAUAGCAUAUCAACGAGAGAGGUGCCGCUAUGGUGGUACUGUAUCGGCUUUAUACUCUAUAUGUGUGUGUUGUCUCUUGUUCUCUUUGAACCUGCGACAAGUCGAAGGUAUUCCGUAACUGAUUGGGGCCAUUGCAAUAGACAACACGCUUGUUUGGAAACCCCAACGGUCGCCAUGCAGAAGGUGACCGAUACCUUUUUUCUAUAUAAUCCCUUUAUCACAAGGGAACAAGACGGGGAUGAUAAUUUUCUCCUUAAAAUUGAAAUAAAACAAAAUAAUCGAAAUUAAGAAUAACCCAGUAAUAUAAGUGACGAAAAAAAUAAAAGGCCUACUUAGAAUAUAAUGUAUCGUGUAAUAAUUAGCGGACGCGACAAGAGAUUCUUGCACAUAGUUGUAAUAAUAAAAAAAUUAAUUCUCGGAGGAAAAAAUUAUUAGAGUGAUAAUUUAAUUCAACUUUAUAGCUAAGGGUUCGCCAGACAAUUGAUGAAAGUUAAGAUGGGAAGAAAGUAAUGUUUCUUAUCUUUAUCUAUAAUUGUCUGUUGACAGCAAGAUUUACAAUCUCAACAUUUUAAUAAUACGUUGCUUAUCAAUCGUAUUUUGCUUUUAGAAAAUUUAGUUUUCUUGCAGACCAACUUAUCGACAGAAGUAUUUUUUAUUGUAAAUAAAGAAAAUAGAGAUUAUCCAAUGACGAGAAAAAAUGUAAUGAGGAUAGUUAUGUAUAUGUCACAAAACACAGUAAAACUGAAAAAUUUCUUACUCCGAAAUAAUUUUUGUCGAGUGAAAGAGAAAAAAAUCGGAGCGUUGCAAGAGGAUUCUUUUACGUAUACCCUAGGUAACUGUGACUUUUGUCCUUUUACUUGUUGCGUUUCAGAAGAAGAAUCGGAUUUUAUGAUGAGACAUACAACGACGUACUGUACGUAUUUGCUCUGAAUUUAAUGAGUUUUGAAAUUAAGGUAUUGUAACACCGGCAGAUAGCAAAAAAUGUAGAUGAAAAUAAAAUUGCGAAUAUAAAAUACGUAAUUU